AUGUCCAAAAAAUAUCAAAGUGGAUAUCAUUUUGAAGAGCACAAUUAAUCUGAUCUAACUGUGCAAAAAAAAAUUAAAUUCCGACUUAAAACGAGUGAGAAAUCGUCCGUUAAAGAUUAAGAGAAGGAAAAUUAAAGGUUUUUCGAGGAGAGAGAAGGCGCUGAUGUGAUCCGAUAAAAAGUCAGCGUUAGCAAUAAAUAGAGGUAGGAGCAAUUUUACCUUAUUGUCCUUUCGUAUUUAAUUUAAAUAAAAAAAGGAAUUGACACGUGGCGACAAGAGAAGAGGUUACUGAUGGGUUACUGACCCAUCAGUUACUGACCUGAUCUGGUCCCCCAAUUUAGUCGAACUUGCCGAAACUAAACUAGCCCGCAAACAUUCAACUAACAAGUUCCAAUUUUAUCAGAUGUUCGGAAGGGAUAUUCAACUACCAAGUUUAAGAAGGGGGGAAAAACAUCAACAAAUCAGAGCACCCUUCGAAUGAAGUAGCAAAAUCUCUUCCAAUCUAAUCACGCUACGGGAAAAUUGUUUCAUCAUCGGAAUUCCUGCGAUUGAAUGACCAAAUUCCGUGAUUAGUGCUAUUAUUUAUCAUAGGAAUUUUUUUCGUGACAAGUAUACCCAUGAUUAACGGCAGCGGCGGAUUCAAAAUAAAAUAGAGCAUUGGGCCGCAUUCACGAAUGGAUGGAAAGUACAAUGAAGUGGGUUCCAAGAUCCACCGAGGAAUAUGUUAAAUUAGAUAUAAUAAUUAAUUCAAAAUAAAAUUUCAAAUGCAUCUAAUUGAGAAUGAUAGACAUUCACAAAUCGUUUUUUGACAUUCAUUUUUUAUAAAGCACGUCCAACUGACAAUGAUUCAUAUGAUCCACUCAAGAUCAAGGGUGUAGUUGAUAUGUAAAUUGAAAUAGGACAAUAAAAGAAACAAUUUGGGAGAAUCGACAUACCUUGAGUAGCACAAUUAUGUUUUCAAAAGGAAGAGUCUCGUGCUGAUAACGUGUUAUAAAUGUUAAAAACACCCAUACUUUACAUUACAAAACGAAAUAGUAAAACAAACAUCGAGUUUAAACAUUCUCGGGCCCGAGCUUUAUAUAUGUAUUUUUUUUUCCGAACUUCAAACCAUAAUUUACAUUUUCAAUAGAGUCGAAACAGAAAACUGGGGAAGUCUGCUUUAUUACAAAAUCCACACAGCAUAAAACAUUCAAGGAGUUCGGAGUCCUCCGCCCACCUCAUGGCUUCCCUUCAAGCUUGAGUCCCGAUAUCUACAGUACACGCCUUACUUCUACUCUUGAUCUGAGGAAAAAUGGUGACGGAGGAUGAGUCGUCGCUCAGUGAAUAAAUUCUAAGCUCAGAUCGACAUUAAUACAAAAACACUAUCGGGCAGAAACACCCGAGCACAUAACAGGACUUAAGCUGUUUAUCCCACUUUUCAUUCCACUGAAUCAAUAAAGUUCACAUAUUCACAUCCCAUCACAGUCAAAGCACAUACAACAUAUGACAGGCAGAGACAGUUUACUUAUACAAUUUCACUUUCAAAUUUGCUAAAUGAUAUCCUCCCCGGGUGGUACAGUAGUGGAAGGCUGCAGGGUAAUCAUGUACAGCCAUCAGAUAACUGGAGUACCGCGGGACAAAACCUAGUCCGGUAUAAAUAGGAGUGCACAAGGCACGAAAUAGGAGUGCUCGCACUAACAGGAGUAUCGCGGGACGCAACCCGGACCGAUAGAAAACAGGAGACGCCACGGGAUUACCCCAGCCCGGCUAACUGAACAGAACAUGAGUACCGUGGGUCGUCACCCAAUCGGCACGGUGCGGAGCACGAGCGCUCAAACAGGAGUAUCGUGGGAUUUGCCCCUAUCGAUACAAACAGGACACACUACUGUACCGAGGCAUCAUGAAGCCCUUUUUCCUAUUCUUAUGUAUUCAUCUCUUUUCAUUAAUAGUUCACUUAGACACCUGUCAAUAAUCAUUAACUCGUAGGCUCACUUAUACACUAUAUGCUUAGAAGCAUUCAUAGUGCUUUUGCACCCUCGAUCAUAGCAGAAUGAAAUGUAUACUGAGGAGCUUACUCCGAGUUAUUCAAGCAAAACAGGAUUAGUAAGCCUAAUGGCUUACUCCAAAUCUAAGUAGACAGGACGAGUUCGCAAGCUCGACUACUUACUCAUAACCCACACAAUAAAUCAACAAAACCAACCCAUAUGCUAAUUUCAUUCUACCUCAUGAUCACUCAACCAUUUUCAUCAUUAGAUCACAUAAUCAUGCUAAUUCUACGAAAUGUUAGUUGCAGAGGCAGCAAUGAUUUGCAGAGGCAUAGUAGAAAUUUGCAGAGGCAUACACAAGAUCAACCAACAAAAUGUCUUUCCAUAUCCCUUCCACAAUUCACGCAUUUCCAACUUCAUACCAAAUGCAGAUAAUGAAUAAACACCAAUAAGCCAUAUCACCUAGCCAUAUCAUUUCCCAUGAAUUCACAUAUUAUACCGGAGCCGCUUCCUGACCCCUAUAUGUAUACGGGCCGCUUCAUGACCCGAAUACUGUUAUUAUGUUGAAGUAGAUUUAAGAUUAGAAUCUACUCACAGUUUUAUCUUCACUCGGCUAUACCCUUGCCUUUGGAUGAGGCCCCGGCUUGAUCCUUACCUUUAUAUACAAGAUUUCCAAGUUAUUCAAGCACCAAGAUACGCAUACAGUCAUCAAAAUCAUGGUUGUGUCCAUGCAUGUCGAUAAGGCCACUAGGGAAGUCAUAUGACCGUACACUUUACCCUGCUUCAUCAUUUCGGUAAUUUCUCCCUUGAUACUUAACCAAAUCAGUUGAUUCUUGUUGCUAAUGAAACUAGAUUCAUAGGGCUACAACAUAUCCAAAUUUCAGACCAUUUGGAUCAGUUUUCUGAGCCCAGAAAUCAUUUGAAAUUGACGUUUCGAAACUGUCAGCUACUUUCUUCUCACUUCAAUCCAACUCCCCUACUUCUAACAAUUGUUCCUGACCACUCCGAAAUCAAAACUAAGUUCCGAACGGUCAAAUCAAAGAAACUUAUAUACUUAACAUUAUAACAAAUUUAUAGAAAGAUCCAACGGUUACUUCGUACAAGAUCUUACCUCUAAUCUGCUGUUCUGCUACCGGAAAGCAAUGUCGCACCCCUUCUGUCCAGCGACAUUCCUACAUGAACCAGAAAUCAUAACAAUGAUCCGAACGGUCCAAUCGUAGAAAAUGACAUAUGAAACAAAACAUCCAAAUAUCAGAACGAUCCAACGGCUCAAUUGUCCAGAAUCGUCCUUCCCACAAGCUGUCCUGCUGCUGGACGAAAAUUGGCAGCACCCCUUGUUUCCCUUCUUCUUUCUUUCCUUGAUAUCCUUUUCUCUCUAUCUAUCUACUAUUUGUUUCUGAAAAGGGAUGGUGGUUUUUGGGGUGGUGAAACCAGGUGGAAGAAAGAGAGCAAGAGAGAGACGUGGGAGAGAGUGAGGGGAAGGGAUGAGAAGAAAAUGAGAGAUAAGAGGAUGAGGCAGAUUUUUAUCUCCCUUAUCUAGAAUUCUCCAGCCCUCCAAAUUGUCCAUUUGGACCUAAACUUUCCUUCACUUGCAAUUAAGUCUAAAACUUUCAUUAUUCACUUUCUUUUUUGUUCAAAAGACCAAUUUUUGUAACCUGAUCACAAACACGUCAUAAUAAUUUGUACGAGGGCAGGGAUGUUACAAUAAAACUAAUGGAAAAUA